AUGGCGGUCGAAUCUCUUGGAGAGAAGCGGCCCUCAAGUGCGGCGAGCACGGGAUUGGCAACACAAACACCAGAACAAGAGACGGCAAGUCAAUGUCAAUCGACACUACCGGCAACAUCGCCGGCGAAGCCAGAGGCGCAACCCAAGCCAAACGCACCCUUCUACGCGCCCCUCUUCUCGUACCUGCGCAUCUUCACCGCCGUCGAUCCGACAUGGUUGGACUACUUACUUCUCUUCACGGGCACCGUGGCGGCCGCUGCGGCCGGUGUGCCGUUCCCGCUAAUGGGCAUUCUGUUCGGCGAGCUGGUCGACGACAUGAACGGUGCGACGUGUGCUGUUGACGCCGAGGCCGAUCCAUAUGCCUUCAAGGACGUCAUCAACGACAAGGUUCUGCAGCUCGUCUACAUUGCCAUCGCCGCCUUCGUCGUCAUCUACGUCUACAUCUUGUCGUGGAGCCUGGUCAGCCAGCGCCUCGCCCAGCGCCUCCGUGCACGCUAUGUCGCUGCUCUGCUGCGGCAGCCGCCCGCAUUCUUCGAUGCCCGCCUGGCCGCCGGCGAGGUCAGCAGUCGGCUGCACGGCGACAUGACAGCCGUGCAGACUGGCACCUCGGAGAAAGUCGGCAUCUUGAUCGCCAGCAUCAGCUUCUUCAUCACUGCCUACGUUGUUGCCUUCAUCAAGCAGCCGCGCCUGGCCGGUAUGCUCAUUUCCCUCGUCCCCGCCUUCUUGCUCAUGGCCAUAAUCGGUGGCUUCUUUCUCAACAAGUACCUCCAGAGGUCGUCCGAAGCCACUUCUCGGGCCUCGUCGAUUGCCUCCGAGGCUCUCUCCCAUAUCACCGUCGUACAGGCUUUCAGCGCGGGCCCGAGGCUCGAGGCCAGGUUUGCCAGCCAUGUUGCCACAGCCCGUGCUGCGGGAAUCCGGAAAAGCAUCGCAUCGGCUGCUCAGGCGGGCUUUCUAUAUUUCAUUGCCUACUCGGCCAACGCGCUUGCUUUCUGGCAGGGCAGCAUCAUGGUUGUCGAUACCAUGAUGGGCCGCGGCGAUGACUCGGUUGGCCAGAUCUACACCGUCGUAUUUCUGCUCGUCGACGCAUGUGUGGUCCUUGGCAGCAUUGCGCCCUUGUUGCCCCUGUUGAGCGGCGCUUCGGCCGCCUUCCAGCGGCUGAUCGAUGACAUUGACGCUCCCUCGGCCAUCGACGGCACCUCAGAUGUAGGCACCGUGCUACCGUUUGACACGCCAGGCGCAAUUGAGUUCCAAAAUGUGUCGUUCUCAUAUCCUUCACGCCCUGAACAAACUGUGCUCCGCAACGUCAACUUGACAUUCCCGGCUGGGAAGUACACUGCCAUUGUUGGGCUCUCUGGAAGCGGCAAGUCAACCAUUGCAUCGCUCGUGGCCCGUCUCCAGGAUCCUACCGAGGGUACCAUUACCCUCGAUGGCUGCGAUAUCCGCGAACUCAAUGUCCGCGGCCUCCGCAGCUUCAUCAGCCUCGUCCAGCAAGAGCCAUCGCUGCUCGACCGGUCCAUCCUCGAAAACAUUGCUCUUGGUCUCAUCAACUCACCCAAGCCGGAACACCAGCAUUUCAAGGAGGCCCUGCAUGGGCACCAGCUUGCUGAGCUGGCAGAAAAGGGCAAAGAUGCCAUCACACCUUCGGUGGCUAACAGUUUUGGCCCCCUCGUCGCCGAGAUCGUCCGACUCGCCCAAGACGCCGCCGAUCAGGCCGAUGCAGCUGUCUUUGUUGAGCGCCUUGAGAGGGGCUAUGGAACGUCUGCCGGUCCCAGUGGUUCGCUCGUUAGCGGUGGACAGCGCCAGCGCGUUGCCCUCGCGAGAGCCAUGAUCCGAGACCCCAAGAUUCUCGUUCUAGACGAAGCCACCUCUGCCCUGGAUUCGGCAAGCGAACAGCGCAUUAAGGAGGCAGUCGAGCGAGCAGCGAAACACCGAACCGUCAUCUCAAUUGCGCACCGCCUGUCAACGAUCCGAAAUGCCGACAACAUCAUUGUGCUCGAGGCCGGCCAAGUCGUCGAGCAAGGCACCUACGAAGAGCUCAUGACCCGCGAGGGCGGGGCUUUUGCCCGCAUGGCCAACCUACAGUCUGUAGGCGCAACUGGCCAGGGCGAGAGCGGUUCUCGUUCGUCGGUAUCGGGAGACUCCAUCGAAGCCUCUUCGCUGAAGGGCGAGGUGCUUCUGACGGAAAAGCCCGAGGCUGCAAGCGCCGUGACUCUGAGGAAGAUGGCCAGCAAGUCGAAAGACGAAACAAAAGGCGAUGCAAAGCUGGAUCAGCCAAGACCCUGGGGAACGGUACUUAGAGGGAUGGCUCGGCUGGUCCGCCCUUCGCUUGGGUGGCUGGUGGUUGCCGUCAUUGCGGCUGUCAUCGUAGGCGGCACCUUUUCGGGCUCAGGUCUGAUAUUUGGAUUCACCGUGGGCGGUCUCAACCCGUGCCAAAACAGCGCCGACCGCAUCUUGUAUCUCGGCAAAUUCUUUGGCGGCCUCCUCUUCAUGCUGGCCAUCAUUGAGCUCGUAGCCAACUUCUUUGCAUGGUCGUGCUUCGGACUCUUGGCAGAGAGGCUGCUGUACUCGGUACGAGUCUUGUCGUUCCGCUGUCUACUCGAGCAGGGCGUGCAGUGGCACCAGUCGGAAGGUCGCAGCCCGUCGAAGCUGCUGGCCAUCAUCACAAAAGACAGCGCGGCUAUUGGAGCCUUUGGCGGCUCGACCAUCGGCACCGUCUUUUCCAUCGUCGUCAACUUCAUCAUCGCCAUUAUUCUGUCUCACAUUAUCGCCUGGAAGAUUGCCAUAGUGUGCUUGGUAACAAUCCCCAUCCUGCUCGGCGCCGGCUUCAUGCAGCUGCGCAUGCUUGCGCGCUACGAGGAAAGACACGCCGAGGCGUUCUCGCGGGCCACCUCUGUGGCUGUCGAGGCUGUCGAGUCGAUCCGCACGGUAGCCGCUCUCUCGCUUGAGAGUGAGGUGUCGGGAUCAUACUCGCGGUUGUUGCGCAGCACACGCGACGAGAUGGUGCGGGCCGCCGCGUUCACCAACGUGUGGCUGGCGUUAUCCAACAGCACCAGCUUCUUGAUCUACGCCUUUGCAUACUGGUGGGGUUCCCAGCGCAUCAUAGCAGGCGAGAACAACCAGACCCAGUUCUUCAUCAUCCUAGUGUCCAUGCUGGUCAGCGCUCAGCUGUGGGGUCAGAUGUUCUCGCUGGCGCCCGAGUUUUCGCGGGCCCGCACGGCAUUCUCGCGCAUCCUUGCUAUCAUGAGCCUUGGGUCUGAUCAUACACUCGUGGAGAAGAAGGGGGGUGAUUCGAGUCCGUCUGACGGCACAGGCAAAAACGAGACCCAAGGCAGUCCAGACGUCGAAGCGGUCGCGGAGACAAACGCCGGCCAGCUCAACGCCGAGAAGAGAGAGGGUGUCAAAAUCACAUUCGACAACGUUUCUUUUGCCUACCCGGCCCGCCCGGAUGUGCCCGUCCUGGACGGUGUGUCGUUUACAAUCCACCCAGGCCAGUUUGUGGGACUCGUCGGGCCUUCGGGCGCCGGCAAGUCGACCAUCAUGAGUCUCGUACAGCGGCUAUACACGCCAACGAGUGGGGCCGUGUCGCUGGACGGCGUUGACCUCGCACGCGCGUCGACCUCGUUCAGAGACGCUGUUGCGCUUGUCCCACAAGAGCCGGCCCUCUUUGAUGGCAGUGUCAGCUUCAACGUGGGCCUUGGCGCACGGCCAGGCCACGACGCCACAGAUGGCGAGAUCGAGACUGCCUGCAGACUAGCGAGCAUCCACGACACCAUCGCCGAGAUGCCCGACGGCUACGCGACGGAGUGCGGUGCGUCUGCGUCGCGGCUGUCUGGUGGGCAGCGGCAACGGCUCGCGAUUGCCCGCGCCCUCGUUCGCCGCCCGCGUCUGCUGCUGCUGGACGAAAGCACGAGCGCGCUCGACGCGGCAAGCGAGGCGGCGCUGCAGGAGGGCCUCGAGCGAGCCGCGCGGGACACGACAGUCUUGGCCAUUACGCAUCGGCUGCACACUGUUCAGAAGGCGGACGUCAUCCUGGUGGUCGAGGGCGGCCGUGUUGUGGACAGCGGCACGCACGCUGAGUUGAUGGAACGGAGGGAGAGCUAUCGCGUCAACGCCAUGCAGCAAAUGCUGCAAUGA